CACUGCCUGAUCAGCUGUUUGAUUUUUUUAGAAUAAAAAAGGAGAUUUUGUUAUUGUUGCAAGCGAAUCGAACAAGUUUACAAAAAAAAUCUUAUAAAAGAGCUUUAAGACAAAAGUUAAUGAAAGCUGUGAUCGAAGUCUAACUUAACCGCGUUGCCGGGGCAACCUUGGCCCAAACAAAAGAAAUCGGAAAAACAAAGUUCAAAAGUUCUCAUCGUUUCAUUAGCAAAAUGUUUUUACUAGACAGAAUACUGAUGCCCUUUAUAUUUAGCUAUAUAAGACCGUUCAUUAAGUGGUUCCUGCACGCCUUUACCAGACUCUCGGAACUUCAGAGGAUUUGCUAUGGUGCAGUCGAUGGUGCCAGUCGAACCAGACAGGUUGAAAGAUCGCUGACUCUGUCCAAGAGACCAAAAAUUAGGCGGCUUGUACUUGACCUUGAUGAGGCAGCGCCAUAUGUGAACAACGCGGAGCUGCUCGAGUUCGCUCCUCGUGCUGCGCGCAUUGUGAUGCAAGCGAAACGCAUCAAGAGCAAUGUGCAUCCGGACUUCGCCCGGCUCUUUGGCACCUGUGUGACCAGCAUUUGGGGCUAUCGUCGGCUUAUGCACCAGGUGGAGCAGCUGAGGGCUGAACGUUACGACUCAGAUAACAUGGAUCACGAACAAAAGUUGCUGCGGUUAUGGCAGCUUCUGAUGCCGGAGGCUCCUCUUACCGGACGCGUGAGCAAACAGUGGCAAGACAUUGGCUUCCAGGGCGACGAUCCAAAAACAGAUUUUCGGGGAAUGGGUAUGCUCGGCCUGGAGAACUUGCUGUAUUUCGCCACCGCCUAUAACGACGCCGCCAAGCACGUACUCCUGCACUCGAUGCAUCCCACCCUGGGUUACACCUACGCCAUUGUAGGGAUAAAUCUAACAUCCAUGGCAUUUAAUCUAGUUAAAACGGGCGCUGCCAAAACUCACUUCUAUAAUCUGGUGGUGCAGCACAGGCAGGACUUCAGUACAGUAGAGGAUUUCCAUAAACUGUACUGCUACCUGUUCUUCGAGUUUGACCGCUUUUGGAUGGACAGCGACCCCCGCAAUAUAAUGGACUUCCGCGAAAUUUAUCAGUCCUUUGAAAUAACAAAACUGGAGGCCUUGCACAACGAUAGCACUGUUUUUAAGACCAAUUUGGUUGUAGAAUCCGUGUAAAUACACAUAAAUAUUAAUAUAGAA